UGAUGUUUCCCGCUAAUUUAUUGGACCUCAUAUUUUGGGUGCUGUUUCUUGUAAUGCUAAUUAAACAACUAUUUUUUUUGGCUUGGCACGGCAAUGAAAUUCAAUUACUGAGUACGGGUAUUUCAGAUGCGUUAUAUGAAAGUAAUUGGAAUAAGCAACCCAAUGCGGUUAGGCAAAUUAUUCUGAUUAUAAUGAUGAGAGUUCAAAGGCCUUUAAAUAUUUAUAUUGGACCAUUCUAUCCUAUAACAAUUGGCACUGCUCUAGGGACAAUGAAAGCAGCUUAUUCAUAUGUCACGAUGAUUGUUGGCAUGGACAGCCAAAAAUCUUAACUACAAAAGAAGCAAAAGAUGGCAAAUUAAAUAUUGCAAAACCAAGAGGCAAAGAGUUGAACAUAAUAAAUUAUCACACCAAUUAUCACACAAAAAGAUGUUCAAUCACAUUUUUAUCGUAUUUAUGUAGUAAAAGCAUACACAUAUGCCCACUAUGUUACUCAAUUCACUAAAAUCAUCUACUCUUGGUUAUUUUGCAUCAUAUAUUUUCACAAACAAAAGAAUCUGUUAUUAAUAUAGUUUCAAGAUGCUACAUAAUAUUAUUAGCAAUAUUGUAGAUUAGUCAGACUGUUUUAUGAUGAAUGCA